AUGCCUGCUGACGGGGAAGAUUCAUCCAAGAACCUGGAAUCUUCUUCUUCUUCUUCGCAGACGGGUUCAGACAAGCAGCUUCUUUCGGACUUCUCUCAGACGUGUCCAGAACCUUUUCCAACAUCUUCUUCUCCAACGUGUCCACAGAUCAUGGAGGUCGUCCAACUUCAGCCGGCUCCAGAAGUUCCAACGUGUCCAAAGGUCAUGGAAAUAGAAUCUCAGCCGGCUCCAGAAGCUCCAACGUGUCCAAAAGUCAUGGAGAUAAAUUCUCAGUCGGGUCCAGAAGUUCCAACGUGUCCAGAGGUCAUGGAAAUAGAAUCUCAGCCGGGUUCAGACAUCGUGGAUCCUCCCACUCAUCCCAAAGAGACUUCAAGAGUUUCAAGACAAUCUGGGGAGGAUCCAGCCUUUCCCGUAUGGAAAGAUUAUAUGGACUUACAAAGUUGGAUGGAUCCUGAAGAAGAAGAAGGAAAUAAUAAUAAUACGGAUGGGUCAGUCAAGUCUGAGUAUGCCAUGAUACCUAAAAGUCAAAAAAUGGAAGCAUUCUUCUAA